AUGGCGCCUUCCAAAGACGGCGAAGGUUUCUCAUCCAAUUCCACAGGCGAAGUCUUCAACGAGCUAGGAUGGAUGGUCCAGAACGCCCGGGGAUAUAGGAUCCUCGAAGAGCCAUACGAUACACCCCGCAAGAUCAGGGUGAUCCAUAUCGGCGCGGGCGCUUCAGGGAUUACGCUGUCCAAGUUCAUGGAAGAACGGUGUGACAAUGUCGAGUUGCAGAUAUACGAGAAAAAUAAGGACGUUGGUGGAACGUGGCUGGAGAAUAGAUAUCCUGGCUGUGCUUGCGAUAUUCCCUCCGCAUCGUACCAAUUCACCUGGGAGAGAAAUCCGUACUGGUCCCAGUAUUACUCGGAGUCGCCCGAGAUAUGGCAGUACUUCAAGAACGUGGUCGACAAGCACGGUUUGAUGAAAUACAUUAAGCUCCAGCACACGGUGACCGGAGCGUACUGGCAACCUGAGCAGGGCGUCUGGGAAGUUCAUGUGCGACAGCCCGAUGGAACUGAGCUUGUGGAUACGUGCCAUGUCCUUGUUAAUGGUGGUGGGAUCCUAAACAAUUGGAAAUGGCCGGACAUCAAGGGUCUGCACUCAUUCAAGGGCACUCUCGUGCACAGCGCUACUUGGGAUCCCAAAAUAGACCUGAACGGCAAGCGUGUCGCAGUCAUCGGAAUCGGCAGCAGUGGCAUCCAGAUCGUUUCGAAGAUUGCAUCGCAAGUCAAGCAAUUAUACACUUGGGUGAGAUCGCCAACCUGGAUCACCGCAGGAUUUGCUCAGAGAUUUGCUGGACCAAAUGGAGCAAAUUUUCAUUAUACCCCCGAACAACAAAAGAAAUUUGCCGAGGACCCGGAUUUAUUCCUGAAAUAUUCGAAAAUGAUCGAGUCUGAACUAAACGUCAGGUUCAAAUUCAUCCUGAAUGGGACCAAGGAGGCCGAGGCUGCCAGAGAAUUUGCUCGAAACGAAAUGAUGCAGAAGCUCGGUACAACGAAACCAGAACUUCUCGAGGCGAUCAUACCCAAGAAUUUUGGUGUUGGAUGCAGGAGGCCGACCCCUGGAAACGGCUUUCUCGAAGCGCUAAACCAAGACAAUGUCCAAGUCUUCACCUCACAAAUGAAAGAGAUAAACUCCGAUGGUUUCGUCGAUAGUGAAGGCCAGCAACAUGAUGUGGACAUUAUCAUCUGUGCCACAGGGUUCAACACAAGCUGGAUUCCAAGGUUCCCUAUUGAAGCGAACGGGCACAGCAUUGCGAAGAUGUGGGCCCAGGAAGCCACAUCAUACCUCUCCAUUGGAGUUCCUCACAUGCCGAAUUAUUUCAUGAUGGGUGGACCGUACGGACCACUUGGGCACGGGUCUUUCCUGCCCAUCAUUGAGACGCUUGCGGGCAAUGUCAUCCAGGUCAUUAAAAAGAUGCAAAAGGACCGUAUCAAGAGCCUGACGCCCAAACCUGAGAUAGCGGAGCAGUUUAGAGAGCACGCACAGUUGUUCCUGAAGAGAACAGCUUGGACCUCAGGAUGCAGUUCUUGGUUCAAGCAAGGCAGAAUCGACGGUCCGCUGCCAAUGUUCCCCGCUUCUCGACUGGUGUAUAUGGAUCUGCUGGCGACUCCGAGGUUCGAGGACUACCAGAUCGAAUAUAUGAACUCAUUGAACAUGUUUGAGUUCCUGGGUAAUGGCUUUGCCACUCGAGAGUUUGAUGGUCGCGACCUGUCGUACUACUUGGGGCUGUUGAACGGCGACGAUCACCAAAUCGACCUCGAAGGAGAAAUCCAUGACGAUCUCGCGGCACUGAAUCUGAUACAAUAG